ACGGUAGGUAUCGUUAUCCUAAUGAAGAUCAUUAGUUCAGAUAAAACGUAUUCAGGGGUUGCUUCUACAAUGUUCCCGCCAAAUUCUAGUUGAAAAUGCGCAAGGUGAUCGGUGCGCAUUCUCAACGUACCUAUUCUUCAGAUAUUGUUUGUGUUCUGAUGUUUAACCUGAAAAGUGCACUCAAACGAAUAAUACCACGUUUUGAAAGUGUGAAACUCACCUUUGGCAACAGUGUUCAGGCAAUUUCUGUGGGAAAUAUGGAAAAUGUACUACUCAAUAUAGCGAAAGGAUCUAACGACGAGACAAUCACUUCACUGUUUUCACCUGGCAAGCAGGCAAACUUCUUGGGAAUAUCGCCACUAAAAGGUGUUGAAAUCAAAAGAGAAGGAAGACCUUUUAGAGUUUCGAUUGAGGGAAACAUAGGAGCUGGUAAAUCAACAUGUAUUGAGUAUUUCGAAAAGUUAGCUUCAGUCGAGACAUAUGCAGAACCAAUCGAAUGGUGGAGAGACGUAGAUGGCAAUAACUUGCUCGAAUUACUAUAUUCAGAUAUUAACACAUGGAUAAGCGUAUUCCAAAGUUACGUUCAACUCUCAAGACUAAAAGUACAAACAACUAAACCCCUAAAGCCUGAUACCAUAGUUCAAAUCUUCGAAAGGUCGAUACAGAACAACAGGUUUUGUUUCUUGGAACACGCUUAUAGAAAAGGAUCCCUCAACAGUGCCGACUAUGCUGUCUUGGAUCAAUGGUACAGGUGGAUUAGAGAAAAUGUAGAUAUAAAUUUAGAUCUGAUAGUUUAUCUGAGAACAACUCCAGAAGUUGUAUAUGAAAGAGUCAAAAAACGUAAUAGACCUGAAGAGACAGGAUUAUCCCUACAAUACCUCAAGGAUUUACAUGACAGUCAUGAAAAGUGGCUCAUGUCAAAUGAUGAAAGAUUCAAUACUGUACCACUUCUAGUUCUUGAUGGUAAUAAGGCAUUGGAAGAAAUGGAAGCACAAUAUAAAUUAUGCGAGAAUCAAAUACUAGGUAAAGAGAACAAGGGACUGAAACGAAGUAAUUCGGUAGAGCAAGAUGUGGGAAGAGUAAGGAAAAACUUGAGAGAAGAAUUGUAACCAUUAAUUUAUUAAUGUUUGUGAUGAAAUACCAGAGAUUAGCAAAAAUUAUAUUCUUUUAUGACAAUAAUAAUAUAAUAAGAACUGUUUUAUUCACCAA